UGUGGUGUGGUCGGUCUGUAUCUUUCUUGUGCAGUUUACCACCUCUUUUGUUUCUCCUCCCUCUCAAAUUCUCAAUUCUGCGAUUCCAUUCCAAAGUGACAGCGUUAACAGUGCAUUGCAGACGACGGGUCAGGGACCUUCUCUUCGUCUUCUCCGCAUAGGCGAAGCCAUGGCCGCUGAAGAGGACUCCAUUGAACAAGCAGUCGCAGCACGUCAAGAGAGGCUAAGAGCUCUUAAAGCAGCUCAGGAACUGUUAAACACUCCAGAUGAGGAUUCCGCACAAGUUCACGAUAACACUAAUGAAAGCAAUCCAAUUAGUGACGAAACUAAUACCAACAUGAAAUUCCGAAAUUAUGUUCCUCAUGAUAAGCAGCUUCAGGAGGGAAAGCUUGUUCCACCAGUGCUGCCAAAGUUUGAAGACCCUGUUGCAGGAGUACCACCUCCAUCAGAGAAGAAAGAGGACCCGUUUGUGAAUAUUGCUCCUAAAAAACCAAACUGGGAACUUCGCAGGGAUGUGCAGAAGAGGCUUGAUAAGCUUGAAAAGCGAACCCAAAAGGCAAUGCUUAAACUUAUGGAGGAACAGGAGAAGCAAAAGCAAUUGGAUGGAGAUGGCAGAAAUGGUGAAGACUAGAAUUGAUUUUUCCUAACCUUGGCAACGGAAAAACAAAAGGGGAAAAAGGAAAGAAAAUCACACAAGCUCUUCGAAUUAAACUUGAGAAGAUUGUUCUCGCUCACUUUUAAACAUGUUGAAUAGAGUUGACUUACACCUGUAUGCAAGUAGCGACUUGGAAGUGAGCUUCUUUUAGUUUUACUAUUGAUGAUAAACUCUCUGCUGUGCUUUUGUCGAAACUGAAUGUAUUCUUGUAUUUUCGCCGGACAACAAAAAAGUGUCAAUAGACUCGAUACAAACAUCCACAGCCAA